CAUUAAAAUAGGGAUUUCCGGUAAAAAAAAAAUGUCAGCGCUCAGAGGAUCCACAUGUUUAUUCAAACGGAUACUUUCUAAAGGGACAAUAACUAAUAGUAAUUUAUCUGAAAGUCGUAGGACUAUAUCGAGUUUACAAUAUAUAUAUCGACCCAAUAGUUUACGGUCUCCUUUAGGAGUUUGUGCGUGUGUGUUCUUUCGAAGGUCGAACGAUCAUUGGAUUCACUCUAGAAAUGUUUUGUAUAACGACAGUGUUACGUCAGACUCAAAAGUGAACUCUGAAAAAGAAGAUGCUAAAAAAAAACCCAAAUGGAAGAAGUAUGGGGAAUACUUUAUGUGGUUUAACCUUGCAUUUUUCUCUGCAGGGGCUGUAUAUAGCCUCUAUAUUUUAGGCGUGCCUCCAACUGAUCCAGAAGGAAAUGUUGUUGGUGAUGAGUUCGGGAAAGGGUUUUCCAUUAAAAGAAGUAUUGCCAACUUCAAAAUGAAGAAACAGGAGAUAGAGGAGCCCUCCCGAAAGAAACUGCUCCCUGAGCCCCUUCAGCCGCCGUUUGUCCAGCCUCCCUAUACGCUGGUGUUAGAGAUCACAGGCAUCCUCGUCAAGCCAGAGUGGACGAUAAAGACAGGAUGGCGGUUUAAAAAGCGACCCGGUGUGGACUACUUCCUGCAGGCGAUUGGCCCACCUCUGUUUGAAACUGUUGUAUACACCUCAGAAACUGGCAUGAAUGCCAUACCUGUUAUUCACUCGUUGGACCAGCAGGGAAAUAUAAUGUACAAGUUGUACAGAGAUGCCACUCUGUAUGACGGCAAAGACCAUGUCAAGGAUUUGUCCUACCUGAACAGAGACUUGAGUAAAGUGAUCAUGAUUGACUGCAAGUCAAAAGCUGUGAAUCUCCAGCGGAACAAUGCGUUUGUCCUGAAGGAGUGGGACGGGGACGAGAACGACACCUCUCUCUUUGAUCUCGCCUCAUUCCUACAAACUUUGGCUCACAGUAAAGUAGAUGAUGUACGGUCGGUGCUGGAAUAUUACAUGCAGUUUGAUGAUCCUAUGGCCAAAUUUAGAGAAAAUCAACUUAUUUUACAGGAAGAGCAGGAGAAACAGAGAAUAAUGCAGGAGAGACCCAAGCAGAAAUCACCUCUGGAUUUUGCCAGGUCAUUCAAGAGGUGAUGUUCCUUGAAAAAGAACUGUUUUAUCAAAGAAAAACUGGUAGUGCUUGGAACAUACAAUUUGAAGGAAAAUGUAGAGAAAGUCUGUAUCAGAUGUCAAUUGUGCUUGUUGCAAGUCUGAGACUUGUAAAUCAAUUUUCUUUUAAGAUGUACAUUUAUGCUAUUUCAGUUCAAGUGAAAUAAAUGUAUAAUACAACAAAUGAAAUUUUAUCAAUAAAUUGAUUUUCACGUAACAAGUA